CUACCAAGGCGAGAACAUUGUGACCAGCACGAUCAAAAGUUGAAUUAAUUCAACUUCGCGGUAACCGCGGUAUCGUGUUGGUCGACACGAUCAUAUUUUGGUAAACCAAUAAAAAAAAGGAUUUUGCACGACACGUCACGACACGGGGCAGUUGUGAACCCGCCUUAGGGGUAGGAAUACAAUUUAUAUUAUCCCAUACACUUUUCCGCAAGACGACAAGACGUGUCCGGCGCGUUUUUAUUAUUAUUAAUUACUGUUCGUCGUCGGCUGACGAUCUAUUGAAGUUAACAAACUCCAAAUUCACUCCACACGCCCGGUCUUGUUCUCGUGUACCAGCCUAACGUUUUAAUUAAAACCCGAGUGGCACACCUCUCCAACUCUUAACCGUAGCGGGUUACUCAUCUCUUGUCGAAAUCGUAAGCGAUUUGAACACCCCGCUAACAUGGAAAACAGUAACAAGAGACCAUUAAAUGAUGGAUGUCAAUAUUCGCACACAGAAACAAAGAAACCUAAAGCGGCUCAGGUCACAACAACGAUAUCACAUCCUAAAUCCUCAAAGGAAAUUGUUGGUUUCCAAGAUUUAUCCGAUGAUGUUCUCUUAUAUUUAUUUAAAUAUCUAUCACAUGAUAAUCUUGCCAAAAUGGCACUGAUAUGCCCUAACUUGUUAAGGGUUAGUCAUGAUUGGACUCUAUGGAAAAAACCAAGAUUUGAAAAGUUUGAGAGAUCUAUGGAAGAUGUAUACAUGAGCUAUUUAAAAGAGGAUACCACUGAAUUGUUCAUUUCGUGUAAUGAUGUUCCAAGCUAUGAUUAUUCAGUUUCUUACAAUUUUUUAAUACGAUUGGUAACAAAAUGCCCAGAAUUACUCCAUUUAACAUUAACAAAUCAAGUAUUUGACGGUAGUGAAAUAAGUGAAAAGAUUUUGCAUCGAAAAUUAAAAACGUUGACAAUUGAUAAUACAACUAUUGAAAACAUUCCAGACAGCUCUUCAUAUUUUUGCGGUAUACACAAUUCUUGCCCAGAUCUAGAGCGAAUUAUAAUGACAAACAACGAUUGGUUUUUACCAAAUUGUUUGAUUGCAUUGUCCAAGCUGGAAUGUUUAAACUACUUAAGUCUCGCAGGUUGCAAACAGUUUAAGAAUUAUGCUCUAUAUGCAUGUGUUACUGCUUUAUCUGGAUUCCAAUAUUUACAGACACUUGAUUUGCGUUUCACUCCAGUAAGUGAUGGCGAACUUAUUUUUUUUCAAAGAUUAAUAAGUUUGAAAAAUAUUCUUUUGGAAAGCCCUGAGUAUACGAAACAUGAGACAGAUGCAACAAUUACUAAUUUUGGUUUGUCAGGAUUUUUUGAAUUACAACGUCCACUUCAUGAAUUGCCAAUUGAUGAUCGUUUUAUAGCGAAAAUAAGAAGAAUUUAUGAUCGAUGCUGUAUUGAAACCUUAUAUGCUCGCAACUAUCCAAAAAUAACAGAUGCACUUUUGAAGACUGCUGUCACACGUUCUCCAAUCUUGAAAUUGUUGGACAUUACUGGAUCAUGUUGCACUUCAGCAGAAAUUGAAAAUUUUAGAGCAAAAAGACCUAGUAUAAAAGUAAUAUGCUAAAAAGUCUGAAAAAUAAUAAAUACGUUGAAAUAGGGUAAUAUAUCUAUAUGCGUGGAAAUGAGACCUGUUCAAUCCUUAUAUAUUUUGUGUUAUAUAAAACUUAAAACAAAUUUUACAGUAUAUUUAUAUCAAUGGGCCAGUUUAAAAUUAAAUGUAUUGGUGUUUGUAAAUAAUUUAUUCUUUCUAUUGGUCAUCUUAUUACUUAUGAUUCAUAAAAAGAGUUUAAACUUAAAUAUAAGGUUCAGAAAAAUAUAAUUUAAUGUUUAAAAAAUAUGCUAGAUAACCUUAA